GAAUUUGACGGGUUUGGCGAGAAUUUUCGGGUCGUUGGGCUGGUGGUGUUCGGGAAUUGGUGACCUUAAUUGAGGCACAACGGAGUGAUAAUCGGGUGUUAUGUAAGUCUAAUUACAAGAGUGUCUGGUGGUCGAAGAAAAGCGGUCUAAUUGGUGGGUUCAAAGUCUGCUGUUUUGAUCAGGUUGAAUGACCAAAAUUAGCAAAAAAAAUUAAAAUGGGUGUACCGAAGCUCCAGCAACGUCUCUACACCCUCAACUCCGACCACCCUCUUAAUAACAACUACGUCCACAACAGCCAGCUGACGUCCACCAGCAUUUCCGGGUUCUACAAGAACGCUACCGUGUUCAUCACCGGAGCCACCGGAUUCGUGGGGAAAGCGCUGGUGGAGAAGCUGCUGCGGUCGUGCGAGGAUGUGGAGGUGCUUUAUUUGCUGAUGCGGCCCAAGCGGGGGAUGGGGAUCGAGCAGAGGGUGAAGGAGCUGCUGAAGAAUCCGGUUUUUAACCGGAUUAGGGAUAAAAACCCGGAUGCGUUUAGCAAGGUCAAGGCGGUGGCGGGGGAUGUGGCGGCGCCGAAUUUGGGGCUGGCGGACGCCGAUCGGAGCAAGCUGGUGGAGCAAGUGAAUGUGGUGUUUCACUCGGCGGCUACUGUCAAAUUCAACGAAGAUUUGAAAAACGCAGUCAUCCUCAACACCCUCGGCACCAAGCGAGUCCUCGAACUGUGCGAAGACAUGAAACACCUGAAGAGCUUCGUCCACGUCUCCACCGCCUACAGCAACUCCGACAAGCACGUAGUCGAAGAAGUCGUCUACGACCCUCCCCAUGACGCCGACGCCGUCAUCAGCAGCGUCGACAUCCUAACAAACGAAGGCAUAGACGUACUAGCCAAGCAAAUACUGGGUAAACACCCCAACACCUACACCCUCACGAAAGCCAUGGCCGAGCACCUAGUCCUCAAAAGCUCGUCUCGGAUCCCUGCCGCCGUCGUCCGCCCCUCCAUCAUUACAGGCGCCUGGAAAGAACCCUACCCCGGCUGGGUGGACAACGUCAGCGGCAUCACCGGCAUCUUCAUGGAGUGCGGCCGCGGCACCAUCAAGAGCAUCAUCUGCGACGACCGCUGCACCAUGGACCUCAUCCCCGUGGACGUGGUGGUCAACACCCUCAUCACCGCCGCCUGGCACACCGCCGCCCACCGCUCCAACACCAUGCGCGUGUACAACUGCACCAGUGGCGGCGUCAACCCCAUCACGUGGCGCGAGUUCGGUCAGCUCACCCACAAGUACUCGCUGGAGUACCCCAGCAAGUACGUCACGUGGUACCCGGGCUUCACCUACCGGACCAGCCGGGUCAUGCACGUGAUCUGCGCCCACCUGUUCCACCUGCUGCCGUCGGCCUUCCUCGACGUGUUCCUCUACUGCACGAAGCAGAAGCCGAUAAUGCUGAAAAUCAGCAGGAAGUUCUACAGCGCGCUGGACGCGGGCAAGUUCUUCUCGACGAACGAGUGGGACUUCAAGACGUCCACGAUGGGGGCGCUGGUGGGAGCCGUGCGGGAGGCGGAGGACGGGAAGAACUUCGACGUGGACAUGUCGACGGAGAACGGGUUUAGUUGGAACUUCUACGUCAAGGACUUCAUACUAGGAGUCCGGCAGUACGUGCUCAAGGACGACAUGAGCAGCUUACCGAGUGCCAAAGUCAAACUCAACAGGUUGUACUGGUUCCAGAAGGUAACCCAGGCCUUGACGAUAUACGCCGUGGUCAAACUGGCAGUGCACCAGUACACUUAGGACAAUUUAACAAACAUACAAAUUUACUUUAUUUUUCGGAUGAAAGAAAAUCAAAAUGGUUACACGUGGACACAAUUUUGGAAAUGACAAAAAUAUCCCUAGACGUAGGAUGAUAAAAUAUUCUUUAUUUAUUUUCAUAUACAUUUGUAGCACUAACAGUUUCUAAAUAAAAUAAAUGGAUAAGGUUUAUGUUA